CUCACCGUGUCUUUCUCCUUCCCCUUUUUUCCCGUUUCUCCUUUGUCGACUUUGAUUUGGUCUCUCUUUUGUCGUUUUUGGGUAUAAUGAAGUUUUUAGUACCAUUGUUAGCCUUGUGUGCCGCUGUUUCGGCUCAACUGACGGCACCGACUCGGAAUUACAACGUGACAAGCCCUGUCAGUAACGGGCCGUAUGUGGUGGGUCAAAUUCUGCCAUGUACCUAUCGUUUGUUCUCUGAUGUCGAUAGCUCAGCGCUGGUGCUACAAAUUACUCUAGAACCUGUGAUUGUGGCUUCGUCUGCUUUAGCGAGCAGUGUGAAUGCGACCAACACGACGUUGACUAUUGCUGAAAAUGCCGAUGUGACCAAGACGGAAGCGUCGGUCAAACAUGAAGGCAAUCUGACCUAUUUUGAACAUUCCAUCAAUUACAACAUCCCUGCCAUGGUGAAACCAGGCAACUACAAAGUCAUUUUCAGCGAUAAAUCGACCAACACCAAAUUGCCGAUCCCUAUUGAAAUCCGUCCCGCUGCGGUGUCCACCACAAGCAACAUCAAGGCUUCAGCCACCGGAGUCACCGAUCGAUCGCAAUCCAGUGGAAGCAUAUUUGCCGAAGGUGCCGCCGCAAUGCUUAUGCCCGAAGCGACCAAAACAUUUGUCGCACUGGCUGCAGCAGCCGGCAUUGCAUGGAUGUUGUAGGAAGCUCACGAAACACAAACGAAGAGGGGAAUUUAGAUUAAGCUACAGUUUUAAGACAGAAAGAAAGGGAGACAGACACUCAAAAGACUCACUUAAACACACAAACGAUCGCAGGAACCAAAAAAAGAAAAAAAAUAACUCUAUUGUCUCCCUUUGACUCACAUUUAAUUGUCUUAUUUUUUGUUUUUCUCCUUGUUUACUUAUUUAUUCUUUUUGCUUGAUACCCGGUUUAAUAGAGAAGAAGAUACUCCGAUCAUUCUACAUUUUCUCUUAAGGUUCUAGUCGGGUCAUCAUGACAAUAUUGUGUUUUUAUAUAAAGUUACCAUGUCAAUGUUUGCCUCAUUGUUAACCCGCCUAUCGUCUGAAUAAUCACUUCUAAAGGAUUAAUGCAAUGGGUUGAAGCGGGUGGGCAACUCGGUUUACUAUUCUCCAUGAAGCG